CAUGUUCAGUUCCAGAUCAAGUAAAGUUCAUCUAACAUCAUCUAUCAUCUAAGCAGAAGUUCAGUUACAGCGUGGAGCAUAGAUAGUGUGGUCUUUAUUAUCUAUAGCAGAUAUGGACAACAUUGACAGAUCUAUGAACAGAUGAGUGAGCAACAUAUACACAAUGACUGACUGAGCUACUAUGAACAUAUAUAGAUGGAUUUGUGCAUUGAAUGUAAGUCGACUAUAAACAGGAACUACAACAUCUUUACUAUAAAGGAAGAGGGUGGAUGAUAAAUUAAGAUAAGAUCCUUAGAACAGCGUGGGUGAAGCAGUCUGUCGCUGGUGGAGCUUUCCAGGGCUCUGACAGUGUCAUGCAGGGGGUGGGAGGUGUUGUCCAUGACUGACGACAGCUUUGCCAAUAUCCUCCUGUCCCCCACCACCUCCACAGGCUCCAGACUCGCCUCCAUCGUUGUUGACGAGACGGACGAUGGCCGAGUCGUCUGAGAACCUCCGUAGGUGACGGCUGGUUGUGUGUUGGGUGGAGGCGACUGGACCGUCCCCUGCGACACACAGUCCCCUGUGGUCUGUUGGACAGGAAGUCCAGGAGCCAGGCUGACAGACUGACCCCCCAGUCAAUGGGCAGAGAGGGGUGAGGAGGCGAGGAGGUGACAGUGGAUGGUGUGUAGGAGUUGGUCCUGAGCCAUAGAACGUUUUAUUAAGUGCAGGACUCGAACCCCUGACCCACAUCCCUCACGGGCCACUGCAGCUCCGUCUCUCUGCUGCGCGCUGAUUGGACGACUGGACUCCAUCGGGUACGCGCCGGCGCGGACGCGCUCGGCCCGUGUUUCCAGGAGACUCUUUGACGUGCCCGCGCUCCGCCCAUCCUCCUGACCGUGACACAGGGCUUCGUGAGCGCGCGACCGUCACAGAUCCGCGUCGGGCGUGCCCGCCAGUGGAAUGCGCGCCCCCGCCUCCCCCGGUCGCUGCUAAUUGAAGAGCUCCGCUGAUGUAGAGACGCAAAAUGGAAACACUGGAAGCUCCCUCCGCCUUCUACGACCUGUUCUGCUGAGUUCAUGAAGAGUCGAGGCCUCGUUUAUUCUCAGGAUGAAAACUCAGCGUCGUCUUUUUUCUCUUUUCUUGACUUGGAAUAAGUUGGUGUUUCUGAGCUGCUGAUUGUAGAACAAGUGUUUCGUUCUUACUCCGUAAUUCAUUUCAUCUCUUUCGUUGUGUUUUCUGUCGGAUUGCUCUGCGUCAUUUUCAGGUUUGCUUUGAUUGGAGGGGCCCGUUAAACGCAGCGGAGCGCACGUCCCGUCUGCAGCGAACGGCUCGAGUCUCACUUACGCGCUUUUAUUUAAUCUUCUUCUUUUUUUUUUAUUUUUCUUUUUUUUUUUUUUGGUGGGACAGUUUUUCUUUUUUUCCUUUCUCCGUGUGAGCAGAGCUUCUUGAUGAGGACUGUGGCGGAAUAUUUCCCGGAGCUGUUCAUGUAGCGCAGAGAGGCCGGUGUGUGUCCGGUGUGUGUCCAGGGAUCCGUCAGAGGCUUAUAUAAGAAGAGCGUCAUGUAUGCGGGACGUAAGAGGAGAAAACCCGUCCAGAGAGCGGUGAAGCAGGCUCCGGUGGAAGGAGCCAAGUCCAACCCGUCCAAGCGGCACCGGGACCGUCUGAACGGGGAGCUGGAGCGUCUGGCCGGCCUGCUCCCUUUCCCUGAGGAGGUCACCGCCAGCCUGGACAAGCUGUCCAUCCUCCGCCUCAGCGUCAGCUACCUGCGAGCCAAGAACUUCUUCUCUGUCGCCCUGAACAAUCGGAACGGAGCGACGCCAGCUCUCAGCAACGACGACGGCGUGAAGGCAGGAGCAGAGAAGAUCCCUGAGGGAGAGCUCCUACUGCAGGCUCUGAACGGGUUUGUCCUGGUCCUCACUGCCAGUGGCACCAUCUUCUACUCCUCUCACACCAUCCAGGACUACCUGGGCUUCCAUCAGACCGAUGUGAUGCACCAGAGUGUGUAUGAACUGGUCCACACGGAGGACCAGCAGGAGCUCAGGAGAAACCUGCACUGGGCUCUGAAUCCUCCUCCUCCUGCUGCAGCGUCUGCCAUCAGCCAGGACUCCCCACAAGAGAUGGAACCUGACAGCAGCUCAUCUUUAGUCACAUACAAACCUGAACAGCUUCCACCAGAGAACUCGUCUUUCCUGGAGAGGAGCUUUGUGUGUCGCUUCCGCUGCCUCCUGGACAACUCCUCCGGCUUCCUGGCUCUGAACAUCCAGGGCCGACUCAAGUUUCUGCACGGACAGAACCAGCGGCAGGAAAACGGAGGGAAGGCCCCCCCACAGCUCGCCCUCUUCGCCAUCGCAACCCCUCUGCAGCCUCCGUCCAUCCUGGAGAUCAGGACCAAGAACAUGAUCUUCAGAACCAAACACAAGCUGGACUUCACACCACUGGCCUGCGAUGCAAAGGGGAAGAUUGUGCUCGGGUACACGGAGGCUGAGCUGAGGGUACGAGGAUCUGGAUAUCAGUUCAUCCAUGCAGCAGAUAUGCUGUACUGUGCAGAGAACCAUGUCAGGAUGAUGAAGACCGGAGAGAGCGGUCUGACUGUGUUCAGGCUCCUCACCAAGGAGAACCGAUGGAAGUGGGUCCAGGCCAACGCCCGGCUGGUCUACAAGAACGGCAAACCCGACUACAUCAUCGCCACCCAGAGGCCUCUUCUGGAUGAAGAGGGAGGAGAACACCUGAGGAAGCGCUCCAUGCAUCUACCUUUCACCUAUGCUACGGGGGAGGCGCUGCUCUACCAGUCCAAUCAUCCCAUCGCAGGCUACAGAGAUGGGGGUCACGAGAAAAACGGCAGUAAGUCAAAGAAGAGCCGGACUGAAAGGCUGAUGAGGGACGGUCUGGACCCCGGCUCCCUGUUGGGGGCGCUCAUGAGUCAGGAUGAGUCUGUGUACGUUUGCCAGCCGGCCCUAGAACCCAAGAUGUCGUUCCACAGCAGCUUCUUUGGAGAGCAGAUGGGCUUCUCUGACUCCCAGGCCUCCAGUCUGCACAGAAGCUGGGACGAGCCGACGAACGGGGUGGUGCCUCCCAGCAUCACAGAGUCGGGCAUCAGCUUCGACCCGCUGCUGGCCACUCUGGACUCCCUGUCCUUGGAAGGCCAGGGCGUUGACGACGCAGAGGAGGGGGGGUGUUCGAACGGCGAGCUGUUUGGAGCUCUGGAGGGGCUGGGGCUGAGCGCCGAGGACCUGGAGCUGCUGCUGCUCGAUGAGCGGAUGAUCAGAGUGGAGAUGGACCCAGAACGUGUUCCCACGCUGGACGACCUGCUGACAAACGACGAGAUCAUCUCAUACAUCUACGACUCCAUAGAAGGAAAGACGGCGUCCGCGGAGCCUGGGGGGCUGGUGUCUCUGACUUCUGCCUCAGUCACCUCCACCACAGUCUCACUGCCUGACACUAGUCCCACCUCUGAUGUGCAGAUGCUGUUUCCUCACUGUAAGCCUCCUCUGGUGGGGCAGGCUCCCAUCCUCCAGCUGUCCCAGCAGAUGCAGCAGCACCUCAGCAUGCGUCCAGGAAAAGGGACGCACGGCUGGGACCAGCACGCCGACCACUUGACUAACACUGUGGCUAAUGGAGAUCUGCUAGUGCAAAAUCAGUCAGUCCCCAACGGACAAUGGACCUCCCAAGAAAUUCUAUCAACUGCAGGGUUACAACUGGAGCACUUUAACACACAGCAGAAUGUUUUCAGUGAGAAGGCCUCAGACCAUCAACACUUCCUGCAGCAGCAACCCAAGAAGCAGCUGCCACAGCAGUGCCACGCCAAGCAGAAAGCUGCCAACCUCAACGGUCUGCGUGGCAUCUGCAGCACAGAGCCUUCAGCAGGAAAGUGGCAGGACUAUGGGUUCAGUGAGAGUCUGGGCGGCAACAGCCAAAAACCUCCGACAGACACCUCCCUGGAGUCCUGCAUGGACUACAGCAUGUCCAGCGUCGACCACGCUGGGUAUAUCAGUGGAGGUGGUUUGUUUGCGAGGAGCCGAGAGCAGCAGGAGGCCGAGGCCACACUUUCAUCCUUUCAAGCCAUGAACCAUAAACGGCAGCCGGAGCAGAUCCCCGUCCCCUUAGCCCAGGUCAUCUCCAGCCUGUCUCAGUGCCCUCCACCCAACGCCUCCCUGGAGCAGAUCCUCGGAGUGAGCAAGCCCUGCCGGCAGCUGGACCCUUACAGCAUGGUGACCACUGACAUCCCUCAUGAGUCCAGCCACAGCAAGAUGGAGAACGGCUGCAUCCUGAACACUCCUUACCCAGCAGGCUGCGUUCUGCCCAAUGGGAACGGACCAGCGCCCCCUGCUGUCCAGAUGCCUGUCCCUGAGACUCUACCCAGCCUUCCUGACCCACCAGCCACCGGCUUCUACCUCUGACCACCUGAGCAGGAAGAGCAGAGCCAGGAACUCACAAAGACUGGAGCAGCCUUAUACGUCCAGAUGAGGAGCAGGCAGCGCUGAAGAAAGGGGGGGGGGAUUCUUUCUGUCUCUGGAGGACGCGUCAUAUUAUCACAUGAGUUCUUUGUUUACAGUAAUGCAUUGAAUUGAAGAGUGCUCGGUUUAUUUUGAAGUACGUCUCAUACGUCUGCGUUCAGAUACACUGCAAAAUAUCUUAGGUUAGAUUAGAUUUUCACUACAAAUAAUUAAUAUUUAAAUUCAGAACAAAUAUAUUUUAUAUAUGUGUUUUAUUUCAGGUAACUUUUGACUUGAUUUUAAACACUUUGAAAGCUCAAGAUAACCCAAGAAAAUUAGGGUUUUUCUUUGCUUUUUAAAGGCUGUUGUUAAUUUAAACAGCGCCCUCUGGUGGACGUGUCGACCUCAGAAUCUUUCUUAAACUCCUGUGAUGUAGUCGCUUAGAGUUUUUAACAUGUCUGAGGGAAAUGGUGAUAUUCCCAACAGCCUCAGCCUUUCAUGAUGUCUUUACACUUUGCUACCUGUUAGCCUCACUGCUAGCCUGAGAUAAACAGUUUAUGUUCAUGACUUCCUGCGUCGUAACCACAAGCUCACAAGUUACAUUUAAAGGCAGCAACAUGUCACUUAAUUUAUAAUUUAUGAUAUAUAUUCCUGGGUCAAGAUCCUCGGACGUCUUGACUUGCUGCUUUUCUUUGUGACAGUUCACAGAUGGAACUAUUUAUCAGUUAAUGAAGGAAAUAAUCUACCAGCUAAUGGUUCAUUAUAAGAUGCUCAGACUAACAGGUCCUGGUUUGUCUCCACUUCAUGAAUGUACAACGGGCUGGAGAAGCUCUGCAACAAUCAAAUGCAGUUUUUUUGUGAAUUAGUUCCUUUGCUUUGUAUCUGAAUGCACAAACACUCUCUCCAAGCUUUUUGUGUCUGUUUGUUUGUUACCAGAAUGUAACCUGUCAUUUCUCUGUUCAGCAGUUUUCAACAAUGAGAUUAAUUCAUAAUGUUUUGAAAAAAAAGUCUAGAAUAUGGAAAUUAAAGCUAGAAAUAUCCUGCACUUUAUUUCAAGCACCCACUUAAAGCAGAUCUGUAGUCGGGGAGAAAAAACAAAAACCAGAGCACAGUUUUUUGGUUUGGAGGAUUCCUGUUUCUGCUGAGGAACCUUCAGCUGAUGGUUAAUAUCCUCACAGACUCUUCAUCACCUCCACCUUCCUCCUCUGGAUCACUUUCCCUCUUGUUUCUUUUUGUUAAAAGUUGAAGUCAGUUAGAUGAAGUUUAUUAUUUUUCUGUGUAUUUAUUCACGUCCUGCAGUGAGGUUAAAGGUUUCUGAUUGUUCUCAACUUGAUGUGAAAGAAAAAAAUUGAUUCUUUGUCCUCUUCUACAUGAGCAGUGGUUGCACUCGCUUUUAGAAAAUGAUGGUUUGUUCGGGUCAGAGGACAUGACGACGCAGAUGUGAAACAUUUUCCUAUUGAAACACCUGGAGAAACAGCAGCUCAGAGAUUUUUUUGUGGUUUCAGGUGUGCACAGGAUCUAGGAGGAGUAUAGUUACAGAAUGCAGACAGAGAGAAACCAAAUGUGAGAAUUAAAAAGAGAAGUCUACAGAAGGACACAGUUCUGAAUGUUUUCCUGUACAUAGAAAAAAAACAGUCUGGUAAAAGAUGCAGAGUCAAAUUAUUUCAUCAAGAAUCGAUGCUGAAAAGAGAUUUGAAACGCUGUCUGUCAGUAUAAAUAUUCUCCUUGUUUUCUGUUGAUGUGACUCACGUGGACGUUUCAUGUCAUUCCUUCUUUUUUUCUACAACAGAAAUGUUUCUUAUAUUUAAUAUGGUUGAUGUGACUUAUAUGACAACGUGGAAAAAAAAGAUGUGUAUAUAAAGACACACAAUCUACGAAAAAUACAGGUCUGUACAUAGUUUCCUGUCUCGUUUCAAGCACUAUUUUUAAAACACACACUUAUCAAACCUUCUUCUUUUUCUUUUUUGUAAAUAGUGUCUCAUCACAAACACUGGAUUCCGUCUGAAAAUGGUGCCAUACUGCUGAGACUUGUCAGAGAGCUGAGUCUGUGUGUAGCCACAGUUAUGCUAACAGACUGCUUGAUUUCUUUUUUAUUCGUUUGUUUUCUUCCUUUGAAAAUAAAGGAUUUCUGGAAUCACAGUGAAAGAAACAAACUGACCACUCUAACAUGUCCUGAGUCUCUGAGCCUCCAGUUUUGUACUCGCGUUGAGCAGCGGGGUUGUUGGUGACUCCUGACUGUGGAGCUCUGACGUGUAAAGGUGCUACAUGUAGCAUUUAACAUCAAUAAAUCGUUACCACAUGAA